AUGGAACACAGUCGAUCAAACAACCGGCAACUCGCCGUACCACAAGCUCCUACUACAUCUGCAACACAGCCAUCACAGCUCCGCCAUCGACUGUCCUUCCGGGAUCGCUUCUGGACAAGGACCAGCGCAAACUACGACGGCGAAGACGAUGUCAUCCACGAGAGCCAGCCCAACCCCGUCAAGAAGAGCCCCUACGUCCCGCAAAACGCGGCCUCUGGCUUCUCGAGAACAUCAUCAUCGCUACGCGAGCAGAGCAGGCGAACUCUUCGGCCGGACAAGCCAUCGCCGUCCAGCAAGCAUGACACCAGCUUCAACCCCUACGCUCCAUCGCCGUUCCGGGACCACCUCGCGCCAGGCCAUCUCUACGUCCACACUGAGACCGGAUCCGACGAGCCCGAGCCCGAGCACGAGCACGAGGCUGCGUCGUCGUCCUCCCAGACUGGACGGGAUACUACUAGUAGUACUACUACCACCGACUUUGCCGCCUUUAUCGCCGCCGCGCAGAGCGAGGAGCGCGUGCGCCGUGCGGCGUCCCAGACGCAGGGAGGAGCUGCGCGCAGCAGCCAAUAUCGCGACAGCGGGUACUAUUCGUCGUCCAACGGCGGGGGAGGAGGACGCCACGAUUCGGAUCUCGAGCGCAGGCCUUAUUCGCCCUCUUUGCCGUCGUCGGCCGGGGUGGCGAGGGCCAAGGGGCAGCAGCAGUCGGGGAGGUCGUUUGGGCAGCGCAUUGCAGAGUAUAUCAAGCCGCCGAGGGAUGAAGCUGUGGCGGCGAUGCGGCGGUGA